AUGAGUAGUUUAUCAUAUCAUCAUGAUUCUGACUUUUCUCACUACCAUGAAGAUGCGUGUGCGCUCUUCAAGGACGGGAGAGAAGAUGCUCCUAUGGCCUAUAUGGAUUGUAAAUCAAAUGAGCAAUUCCAGGACAACAUCGAAGACCCCUAUGAUCUAGAUGAUCAGAGUGAGGUCCCUUCUAUGACGAGAGGUUCUUCGUCUAGAUCUGCUUCCUCGUCUAUUAUCAUAUGUCCCACCUGCGAGAACUCAAGUGAAAGAUGUCAAUGUCAGCAGCAACCGAGUCGACCAUAUUCUAAGAUGGAAUUUGCGUCAAUAAUCUCGCGAGCAAAUUCGCCUACUGUUUUUGCACAAUCUGGACAGCACGAGAGAAUCAAGUCGUUGCUUCAACACGGAACUUCUUCAAGUGCAACACCAACGGUAAAGUCUUCUUCCCGAGCACUCUUCUUGACGCCACCUCCAACUAUAGGAUGGAAAAGUGACGUUUCACCACAAAGUAAUUAUCAAGCAGAUAGAGUUCCCAAUCAGCGCCCUGAUGUCUUCUACAACGAUCAGCAAACCGUAAGCCACAAUCAAAACGGCGACGGGUUAGAAGAAAGUGAAGAUGACGAAGAGAUUUCCGACAGUGAGGAGGAAGUUCUGAGUGACCAGCUGACUGAUUUCAAUGAUGAUCUGGAAGCUCUUGUUCUCAAGACUGUUGGCGGCGAUCUGGAGUUAGCUGCAUACUUAAUACCCAUCUUUCACAAAAUGCAAUACACAGACCAGCUUGCCAACAUCACACAGAAGGUUGACUCCUGGCAUAAUGCCUUAGCGAUCAACAAAUGCUCUCCAGGUACAGGAGCCGGUCAAACUCCAUCCUCUAACGCUCGCUCCCCUGAUGGAAAUGGACGAGCUCAAAAACGCCGAAGAGGACUUGGCUCCGACCGUCCAAUCAAAGAGUCUCAAGAUGAAGACCCUGACGACGAUGAAGACGAUGACGACAACCAGGACUCAAAAGGAGCUGGUGAAGAUGGCGAAGGUGGUGUGAACACGGAACUGCCACGCCUGGCCUGUCCAUUCAACAAAGUAGAUCCCAUCAAAUACGGAAUUCAUGGUGUCACAGACAACUCAGGCAAGUCUCAGUACCGAAUUUGUGCUGGACCUGGCUUUGCCAAUAUCCAGCGUCUCAAGGAGCAUCUGAAGCGCAAGCACUAUCCAGUUCAAUGCGAUCGCUGUUACAUGAUCUUUCCAGGUGCUGAUCGAGCCGUCUGUGUCACCAAUCUCGAAGCUCACCGUCAACAAAUCAACAUGUGUGAGCGUAGAGAGGCAACCUUGAAAGAAGGAAUCAGUGACGCACAAUGGGCUCAACUUGACAAGAAGAGAAGCGUCAAACAAGUCAAGUCCCUCUCCAGAGUCGAGAAAUACUGGGAGAUAUGGGAGAUUAUCUUUCCAAACACUCCAAAGCCAAAGACACCUUGGUACGACGACAAAGCAGUCAGCAAAACAUUUGCCUACUCUCCAGAGAGCCAACGCUUCGGGGACAUCUUCUCCCACAUGCUCGACCGCCAAGUCCUCGACCAACGAAUACGUUUCCCCGACGGCCUCGAACAAGACAUGAAAGCCCGCGUCUCGGCCCUCGCCCGCGAAGCAUUUUCCAUUUUCUCCCGCGUGCACGUGCAACCGCUGCCUUCCUCCUCCAACUCCAGUUCCAGCCGAAGUCAUCUUCAGACUAAUUCGUAUCUGAGCGGUUCCUACACUCACAUUUCGACGCCUCAGUCAGGUGGUCAGCGCAGAGCUUCGGCGGCCAGAUCGGCGGCGCCUAGUCAGACGUUUUCUUUGGAUAAUAUGCAGAUUUCUACUUCGCCUACCGAGAGCCAGGGUCAAUCCCUUAGGUCCCAGAGGGCUAUCAUGGGUCCUCCUCCGAAUAGCGGUAGUAACAUGCGACUUCAGCAAUCGUACGGGACCAUGCAAAGCCAGCCUUCUUCUGUGGCUGGGUAUCAGAUGGGUGGGCUGCCAAUGGAGUCUUUUCAGUAUCCUAAUUAUGGCAAUAACCAACCUGGUCCGGGAUCCAACAGUUUCUAUCAGGGGCUGUUUAAUCCUAACUUCAGUUCUGAGGCUACUAGCUACGCUGGGGGUGCUGUUGCGACCGCUUUCAGUGAUGUGCCUCCGCCGGGUAUGAUCAAUGCUCCUGAUGCUGGGUUGCAAGGCACAGACCAUUGGGAUCCUUUGAACUUUGACAACAAUCUUUCAGGAUAG